ACUUGAUGGCCAUUUGCUGUCACGUUCUUUAUACAAUCUAACAGUCCCAUCCUCUCUACGGCAUAAAAAAAAUGGUGGGUUUAAAUUCAAUUCCUCAGUGGAUUGAAGUCCUUCUGGGUGAGAAGUUCUUUAUUCCCUGUUUGGUUCAUGAAUCUGAAAAAAAGAACACAUUUUGUUUGGAUUGUUGCAUUAGUCUCUGCCCUCAUUGCUUGCCUCCUCACCAAAUCCACCAUCUUUUACAGAUACGAAGGUAUGUUUAUCAAGAUGUUGUGAGGUUGAUUGAUGCCCAGAAACUGAUCGAUUGUUCCUCUGUUCAAUCUUACACUACAAACAAUGCAAAAGUGGUGUUUUUGAAUCAAAGGCCUAUGACUCGUCAAUUCAAAGGCUCAGGCAACAUUUGCGUCGUAUGUGAUCGAAACCUCCAAGACCAUUACCUUUUCUGCUCUGUUUCUUGCAAGGUCCAUCAAAUGGGGAACACCAAACUUGGUGUAACGAAACACCAUUUCUACAGCUCUGAAUUGCAGGGAACGAGGGGUGAGAGCUCUUUGGAGCUCGAAGACGAACAAAUGACCCAUGACUCGGUCCUUGAGUUGCCCAUUUCGCCAUCUGGGUCUAGCUCAGGCAGUGUUGCUAGGACUAGUGUUCUAGCUUGCACCGCAACCACUGAUUUUGUGAAGAAAAAACGCACCACCAUUUCUGUUUACCGGACUCAGUACCGACCAAUAUGUGCACCGGCCGUUGAUUUUUCCGACACCGUGAAUCGACGGAAGGGUGUUCCUCACCGGUCCCCGUUGUAUUGAAUUUGACUGCUGGUGGGGGAACUCCGGUUGGGGAUAUGUUGGGUAUUUUUGUGUUUGACAAGAUGCCAUUGGAAAAGGGUAUCGGAAAAUCUUUGAAAAUCCAUGAUUUUGGUGAUCAAUAUUUUCGAUGAUCAUAGUAGUGUUCAAUGA